CUCUCGUAGCCAGUCAGCAGCCGCCACUCCUUCCUCGGGCGGAGCCCCCAGACUGAGCUCCUCUCAGGCCCCCACCACCCCGGUGACUCCUGCGGCCUCCGCUGUCUCCCCGACUACUGUUGCUCCCUCCACACCAGCCUCAGCUCAGACCCCACUGGCCCCGGCCUCUGUUGGAAGCCCCGCCUCCCACCAGCCCAUCCAGCUCAGUGACCUUCAGAGCAUUCUUGCCACCAUGAACGUCCCAGCGACGGCAGCGGCUGCCCAGGGAGCAGCAGUGGACCUAGCAAGCGUUUGCACCCCGGAGAUGAUGGCCCCCAUCCUGACUAACGCUGAGGUCCAGCAGAGGCUCCUGCCCUUCCUCCCCAGCGGAGAAAGUUUACCGCAGAACGCUGAGGAGAUCCAGAACACAAUCAACUCACCUCAGUUCCAACAGUCCAUGAGUAUGUUCAGCAGUGCCUUGGCUUCAGGGCAGCUCGGCCCUCUCAUGAAUCAGUUUGGACUGCCGGCAGAAGCUGUGGACGCCGCCAACCGAGGAGAUGUGGAGGCGUUUGCCAAAGCCAUGCAGGCCAGCAAAGGAGACUCCAAAGAGAAGAAAGGGGACGACGAGGACAUGAGUCUGGAUUAGCGCUCCUGCUGCUACGCCUUUUCCUCCUCCUUUUAAUUUAGGACUUGUUCUUCCACCCACCUCUCUUUCAUGUUGUCUUCCACUCGUCUAUACCAAAGGCAGCACUCAGGGUUAGCAGAGCUGUUAACAUGAAGGUUAGGACAGUUUUCACUGGGAGCUAACGGUCUGUUGGGUUCUAUUGACCUUCUCUUUAACCCAGAAAGGAGAGAAUUAGAUUUUGGAACGGGGAGGAUUGAGCCUUAAGUUUGAUUUUGUUUUCUUUCUGUUCACUCUUAAU